CUUAUGCCGCGUUAUCUAAUGUGAGACGGAUCCUAUAGUCCUAGAACUUGUCGCUGUGAGGUUUUUCAUGUAGAGCGUGCACAUGAAAUCGCAUAUUACCAGUCUUUGUCGACAAGGAAGCUCAUCCAGCUGAGGCGGAGGUCAGUUUAUUAUUAUUUAGUUGACUCGACCCUCUCGGACUCGGAGGAAUCGAGCCGAGCGCAGCCUGACAAAGGCAGAUGCACCACUCACUACUACUACUCCUACUGACGGAUCCAACGCAAUUCCCUCCUUGUCUUCCUCAUGCCGCCGACAAACUCCCCUUCUGUCACACCUCCUGAAUCCGCCGCUCCUGGGGCGAUCGCAGCCGCGUCAAGUGAAGAUUCCUACCUACGUCAACUCGAAGAAGCCAUUUCCACCCCUGUCCUUGACCUUGCCUCAACCCUGAGGCCUAUUGCUGUGACUCGGUUUCCUCGGCAUACAGCUCGAGAUCCGUCCCGCCGGGGCAGCGACGACCUUCGGUUCUCUGCUCAAUUGGCCGAUGAAGGAGGUGGAGAUACGCCUGCUUCUAGAGGGAACGGCUCACGAAGACCCGGGCACGAACCGACCCGCGACGGAUCUAUCGGUUGGAGGCCUUACUUGAUUGAAGUAGAAUUUCAAAUUCAGACAGAACAGAUCGCGAGGACGGCCACCAUGCAAAGCCAGCGGUCACGGACACUGGCUGGCUUUGCGCCAUCCGAAGAAAGGGAAGGACAACGACAACGGUAUGCCACCACUGGCGAAGGGCCUCGCCAGCAGAGCCUGUAUGAUUGGGCUGUCACAAUGCCGCCGAGUCAUGGUUCGCACGAUAUAAAUUCCGGUGACGAUAGUGAUCAGGACAUGGAAGAUAUGAGCACUGCUGCGUCCAACAUUGCCGAUGUUGCCGGUACUUCUGCCAGAGGAGAGUUCCGGCGGCUUGAAAGAGCAUUAUCUAAUUAUCGCGCGGCAAGGAAUGCCCUGAGAACUGGCAGGUCAGCAGACCUAGGGGCUGUCCCGACUGCCAGCGCCCUCCGCAUUUAUCGAAACGGAGAAUCAGUUGACGUUGACAUGGCCGGUAGAACAGCCGCGAGUACGGGAUUGUUCUCAAGCGAGUACAGGCAGGAAAGACAGAGACGGUAUGCUGAAUACAUGCGACUACAGCAGAAUGACCGCACCGGCACAGGGUUCCAAAUAGCGUCCCGGCUAACAACACGAGCGGAACGAAAGAGGAGCGAGGCGCUCACGCGGGUAAAGAAUACGAUCCGAUACCUCUCACAACUGCGCCACACCGGGGUACAGGGCGGCUUGGAACUGGCCCGGCAGCUUGAUUUGGACUCUUUAUAUGAGUCCGAAGAAGCGAAUACCCCCAGUGACUUGCCCAUGCACGUCAACAGCCUCCCUAUACCGCAGUACAGUUCGUGGCUGGAAGCAGGAAUGGUUUGGCACGGCCUGCAGUCAACCGAUCGAGAACCGGUGCGCGCCCCUUCGUCACAAGCUCGGACUGCGCGGGAUUUUCUCCGGCGAACGUUCGCAAGGAGGAGAGAGAUGGACAUGGGAAAUGUCAAUCCCGAUCUCAAUCGCCUCCCAGCGGAAUCACUAGUAGACGCAGACCGCUUCUUGUCUGAUCUGCUACAAGAUGCCAAUGGACGGUGGGGUUUGUCGCCACUAUCAGCAUCUCCUCUGGCGUCGCAUCCUGCCCAACCACCGAGUCAAGACCCAGAGUCUGACCAUUGGCCGGUCAAGGUGACCAUCCACUCAGUUGACUACGACACCAUGUCACUUACAGGGACAAUGUCAGCGAGUCACAUGCCGGAGAAACUCGGAGCUAAUCAACAGCAAGGAGCUCCGCAACCAUACGCCCCUAGCCACAGCAUGUCGUCUUUUUUCACCGGAGAAAUCAUUGAUUUCCGACAACAGCCACUGGAGACGGAGGCAGAGGGACGGGAUUACCGCGUCGGCGGUUUGGAUACAGAUGCACUCUAUUGGGCCCGUCUGGGUCCGUUCAGAAAGGAAAUCGAGAAAGUCCGGAGUCUACGAGGCAAGCGGAGAAGCGAGUAUCACCAGGACAGCCGUCUCUGGGACGCAUUCCGCAAAGCCGCCGGCGCAGAAGGAGAAAACAAAGAUCAACCAGGUCGAUCUCCUAGCGGCGCUGCCACUGCCAGUUCAUCAUCGUCAUCAACCGAACCCGAAGCCUCAUCUGCAUCGGCAACAGGAGCGGAUUAUCCUGCUGGAAGAAGAACAACCGCAACAGAGGGGCCCGAAGAAAGCAAAGAAGCCGAGGACGACGCGGUCAUGGCCCGCUGCCUAGCGAGCGCAAAGUGGAUUGAGGAGAAUCUGGGACGCGAAUGGAUCUUGAUGCGUUGGAAGGAGCGCUGUUUUCUCUCGGCCAGUGCCCCUGACUCUUCUUCGAAUCCAACACUUGCGACCGAUGCUGCAAGGUCAUCUUCCCCGUUUGAGAACAACAACGACGCCACUUCAUGGGGCUUGACGAUUUCCGGAUUCUACUAUAUCGCUCUCAAUCGUCUCACCGGCGAGAUCGAUGGCCUAUACUACGAUCCAGGGUCGCAGCCUUAUCAGGCGCUCAGAAUGGUUCCGGAAGGAACGUCACUACGUGGAUUGGUUCUCCCUGCCAAUAACAAUGCCACACCACAGUCACAGAUACAACCACAGCCACAGAUCAAGCCCGGUGUAUGUGUCUGCGGAUGCGGCGAUACAACGUGCAAGGAAAGGGUCGUCGGAUUGAAGAAGUGGUUCCCGUCGGUUGAACUUCGGUGAAGUGAAGCGAAGCGCAUUGUAGAUGCAGUCAAUUGGUGGUCGACCACUGCACUGCGAAAUUGGCCUGGAUGGAUUCUAUCGCGCCUAUAUAGCAUUGUUGGAUAACGCAUCACCCGAAUCCAUCUUGGCACAGGAAAGGAAAGGAUCGGUCCUUUUCCAUUGCAUGACCUCCCGUAAGCCAAAUGUGUGUCUGAUCUACAGUAACUAGGCCUCCUCCCACUGCUACUUACUGUCUUGUCGGUUUUUGGGUAACAAAAAACCAUCCGAGCUAGCCAUACGGAGAGUUGGGUAAGAGGAAAAGGCGACAGACAAUAAGUAUCGGAUAUACAAUACCAGUGCGUUUUCUGGUGGUCAACCCCGGAAAUUCAUCCAUUCAGCCGAGGGGGGCGCGACUUUGCAUGGCGCAUGCUGCAUUAGGUAGUGAGUGGUAGAAUCACCUCCCUGGCUUUGGGUGCUUGCCUCGGAGCAUACACCUAGGUGGUAUGCAUGCGUGCGCGCAAAUACUACAGCCGCGGCGGAACCGCCAUUGGAGACAGACCUGAUAAAUAUGGUGACUUCCUUUGUACGCUAGGUAUUGAAAGGGAGAAAGCAGACUACAAAUGAACAAACGAUUGAACGAAACAUCAGGAAUUUGCUUGGUAUUUGCAUAGCAUGAGAUUGAAGAAGAC